CUGUGGCAAGUGUAUUCAGCAUUCGGGGGGGGAAACGGCAAGCGCUUUCAGUACACUAGGACCACCAAAUGGCCGUGUGAGUCGUACGUUUGUAAAUGCUGUAAAUAAUUUAUUAUCAUUAAUAUGAUUCAAAUUCGAGUGUAACUUAAUGGCCAGGUGCACAAGUUUGAGUCGAGUAACCGUUGAGCGAGUGGAAAAAUCUGUACACCAACGGCAAGCAUCGUCUGAACUGGAGCACGUAACGUUCAGGCUACACCAAGUGCUUUCUGACAGACCAAGGCUCGACGACUCCAGCGAGAUUUUCAAGGCGACAACACCACGACAAGCAUGUGAAAUGUAAAAAAAAAAAAAAAAAAAGAAAGAAAAAUACAAGAACGCGCGUUUUUUUUUUAAAAGAAGCUCUUUGUACAUGUAUUUUUUAGGUGUAAUAUAAUUUUUGUACGUAAAGCCCGAUGUAAAUCUUGUAAUAACCUUUUGAAUCGUCUUGUAAAUAGCUAACGGAAAGAAAAAAAAAAAAUACUCGGUCCCAGUGAGUUAUGCUAGCCAUCUAGGCUGACCAGUUGUUUUGUAAUAUAUCUCGACCGACGACAUGUGAUGCUACGUUUGGGAUUUACUUGAAGAUAUUGACACACCAUUUUGCAAGAGGAGGCCACAGCUAUUCUUACAGUUGAAAAAACCCUGACUUUAGUGUGUGUAUGUGAGAAUUGGAUGAAGUGUGGUUUGCUUCAGUUAGUAUUGAGCCUAAGUGGACUAUGUAGGAAAUGGAGAAGAAGAAACUGAGGACAGAAACUAGUCUCAGACAGCUCUGGUCCCUUCCUUGUGUGGUUCUGUAAAACAUCCAAGGAAAGGAGAGACAGAGGGACAAGAGAGGCAGAGGGAUCACCAGUUUGGCUGAGAUCGGCCCUAAGUCGCCUGCAGCACUGGAAGAACAUCCUGACUGACUAGAAGGGGUGAGAGGGAGACCACAGAAAGAGAGAGAGACGGGGACUGACGGAGAAUCAGAGGUUCGGAGGAGGAGGAGGAGGAGGAGGGGUAGGAGGAGUGGGAAAGGCCAUUCCCUAUGGCAACUGACCCUGGAGAACCCACAGGCACGGAGGACUCCUCGGAUAAACCUGAUGGACAGAGGGAGGAGGAGACGGAGCGGGAGGGCAGGGCCGGCCCAGAGAGGGAGAGGACACGCAGCACCCCCUCCGACUUCCCCUCCUCCCAGACUCAGGCGAGGAGAGCGGCAGAAGGAGAGGAAGGAGGACCCCGAGGAGGGGGAGGAGGCAGGGAGGCAGGUAAGGAGGGCGAGGAGAACCCAAUUAGGCUGAUGUCGUUCUCCACGCCCUCCUCACCAGCUGCUCACGGCCACAGCAAGCUGAGGAGGGAGAAGCGCUUCUUCAGGAAGAGUGUGGAGAUUUGUGAGGAGGAGGACGAGGUGGAGGAACCGCCAGAGGCUCCCCACAGCGCCCCCCACCUGGAGUUGCGUUCCUCAGACUCAGUCUUCACCAGCAGUGUCCCGCAGCAGGGUGUUGCCUCAGCCUGUGCUGCCCUGGGCCACGACCCAUCCUGCCCUAGCUCCAGCCAGGAGCCGGGCAAGGAUGUCCCUACCUCCACAUCCACCCAGAGGGGCAAGGAGAGGGACCGUGAGCAAGAGGAGGAGGCAGAGAUGAAGGCUGUGGCCACCUCUCCGGGAGGCAGGUUCCUCAAAUUUGACAUUGAAUUGGGCAGAGGAGCCUUCAAGACUGUGUACAAAGGCCUGGACACAGAGACCUGGGUGGAGGUAGCCUGGUGUGAACUUCAGGACCGCAAAUUGACUAAGGCAGAACAGCAACGCUUCAAGGAAGAGGCAGAGAUGCUCAAGGGGCUCCAGCACCCCAACAUUGUCCGCUUCUAUGAUUCCUGGGAGUCUGUGCUCCGUGGCAAGAAGUGCAUUGUACUGGUCACUGAACUCAUGACCUCAGGAACACUCAAAACUUACCUGAAGCGCUUUAAGGUGAUGAAACCCAAAGUCCUGAGGAGCUGGUGUAGGCAGAUCCUGAAGGGCCUUCACUUCCUCCAUACCAGGACCCCUCCAAUAGUCCACCGGGACCUCAAGUGUGACAAUAUCUUCAUCACAGGACCUACAGGUUCAGUCAAGAUAGGAGACCUGGGACUGGCCACACUUAUGAGGACAUCCUUUGCCAAGAGUGUCAUAGGAACUCCAGAGUUCAUGGCUCCAGAGAUGUAUGAAGAGCACUAUGAUGAGUCUGUGGAUGUCUAUGCCUUUGGGAUGUGCAUGCUGGAAAUGGCUACUUCAGAAUACCCUUACUCUGAGUGCCAGAAUGCUGCUCAAAUCUAUCGCAAAGUCACAAGUGGUAUAAAACCAGCCAGCUUUGAUAAAGUCAAUGACCCAGAGAUUAAAGAGAUCAUCGAGGGCUGCAUUCGUCAGAACAAGAGCCAGAGACUCUCCAUCCGAGACCUCCUUACCCAUGCAUUCUUUGGAGAGGACACAGGGGUGCGCGUGGAGCUGGCAGAGGAGGACACUGGCUUACAGGACUGUCUAGCUCUACGGAUUUGGGUGGAGGAGCCCAAGAAGCUGAAGGGCAAGCACAAGGACAAUGAGGCCAUUGAGUUCAGCUAUGACCUGGAGAAUGAUAGUGCUGAGGAGGUGGCUCUGGAGAUGGUGAAGUCAGGCUUCUUCCAUGAGAGUGAUGCAAAGGUGGUGGGCAAAUCCAUCCGGGACCGAGUUAAUCAGAUCAAGAAGUCGCGUGAGCGUCGUCAACAGCAGCUGCUCCAACAGCAGGGUUUUGAGGAGAGAGGGGACUCCACCCUCACCUCCUACACCUGUUCCCAUCCAUCCUGCCCCUCCUCUUUGGGGCCAGGGGCAGCAGGGCAGACCGGAGGAGGAGGGCAGGAGCCUGAGGAGCUGCCAGAGGCAGAUCAGCAUGUCACGCAGCAGCAUAUUCUCAGCACGACAACCCUCAACCUGCCAGAGCGUGAGAGCAUUGGGUCAGCUAGCUGUGAAUCUUAUGCAAGUGGACAGAGCCAGGCAUACUCUCAGCAAGGGGAAUCAUAUACCCACCCCCAAACUAUUCUCCAGUCUGCUGUGUCUGGUACUACGGCUGUGGGUCACCCCCAAAUGCUCCCUAUUGGUCAGAGUGGCGGUGGUCUUAAUGUGCCUCAGAGUGGUGGUAUCUCGAGCACGUCUGUAGGCCAAAGUGGAGGGGCACCUGUUGGUCCAACGUUUAUUCAGCCCAGUCCCAUGGCAACACAGGUCUCACCAAAUGUACCUCAACCAUUUUCCCAGACACAGCCCUACCAUUCAGAUGGAUCACAAAUUGCCACUCCCCAUGGGUCAAUGGCCCCCUCACAAUCAUACAUACCCCCAGUUUCUCCACAAGCACCCAUUAAUGUCCUCACUGCGCCACUCUCAAUUAGUGAUCCUGCUGGACUAGUGGGGACCAUUGUGCCCCUCGCUCAGCAGAGCCAACCCACUGCCACUCCCAUACAGCUCACUGACAUCAUCCCCCAGACAGCACCCCAGCAAACACAGCAUGUCAUGAUCCCUCAGCAAACUAUUGUUCAACAACAACAGAUUGGGUUGGAACCGCAGACCAACACCCUGCAGCAGCAGCAGCAAAUGGAGGCUCAGGCCGCUCUGCUCCAACAGCAACAAGCUAAUGCCAUUCCGCAGCCCCAGGCUACAUCGGCUACCAUACAGCCACCGAUUGAACAGAAUCAACAGAACCUUUCAACUACGGCUGUCCAGCAACAUCCACCUGAGCCUCAGAAGCAGAUCUAUGUACAGCAGCCCAUACUGCAUGUCCAGCCACAUUCUCAGCAGACAGUUUUACCAACACAAACAGGUAUGGAGCAGCAAGCCAUGUCAUUACCACAGCCAGGGGAAAACCCUCAGACUCUUAAACAGCAACCACAAAUGGAUCCUCUUGAGCAGACUGUGAUCCAACAACAACAACAACAACAUCAUCAACUACAACUACAGCAACAACAACAACUGCAGCAGCAGCAAGCUCUAUUACGACAACAACAGCAGCAGCAGCAACAACAACAACAACAACAACAGUUGGAGCAGCAGCAACAAGCUUUACUGCUUGAGCAACAACAGGCGUAUAUCCAACAGCAGCUUGACCAGCAGCAGCAAAAAGUGCUGCUUCAACAGCAGCAACAACAGGUCCAAUUACAACUGGAGCAACAACAAGCACUCAUGCAAAAGCAAAUUUUGGAUCAGCAGCAACAGCAAACUCUUCUGCAACACCAACAGCAACAGGAGCAGCAGCAGCAACAAGCUCUUCUACAACAGCAACAACAGGAGAAACACACAUUUCUACAGCAACAAUUGGAGCAACAACAACAACAACAGACUCUUCUACAGAAACAUCAGCAACUGGAGCAACAGCAGCAGACCCAGUUGCAUCAACAAAUUGAACAACAGCAGUCUGGAGUACAAAAACAGCCACAGAUGCCACAGCAAAUUGAACAACAGCAGCAACAAGUUGUGCUGCAACAGCAGACCCAGUUACAACAGAAGAUGGAACAAUUGCAGCAGCAAGUCUUACUCCAGCAACAAAUGGAACAACAACAACAGCAAGCACUAUUACAACAACAUUUACAACAGCAAGUUAUUUUACAACAGCAGCAACAGCAAGCUCUUCUACAGAAACAGCAACAAGAGCAGCAGCAAGCCCAACUCAAGCAGCAACUGGAACAGCAGCAGCAACAAGCUUUGAUGCAGCAACAGUUGGAUCAUCAACGCCAACAACAAGCACUGUUACAGCAACAACAAGCAGAGAGACUGCACCAACAGGCCCUGAUACAGCAGCAACAGAUUCAAGAGCAACAGCAGCAACAAGCAGCCAUAAUUCAACUUCAGCAAACUGAGAAACAAGAGACUGUCCCUAUUCUACAAAGCAACAGUGAGCAGCAGGCAUUGAUUCCACAGCAAUCAGCUGAUACACAGACGGUGUGUAUCCCACAGCUAAACACUGCUCAGUUUCCUCCUCACACCACUCUCAAUCAGCAGCAAGUGGUAGAGCAACAGCAGCAAGGACCACCAGUCCAACAACAGCAAGCCUACAUCACCCAGCCACAGCAUCACAUCUCUGUAAUGGAAUCUCACAUCCCAAUUGGAGUUCCAGCCAGCUCGGAGGUGAUUCAGCUGCAAACUCAAAUUUCCUCCCAGGCCCAGGUGCCAGUGGCCAUUCCUACCACGCAGAUCCCUAUCCAGACACCUGCUGUGAUCCAGGCCCAAGUCUUUACCCAGCAUGGUCAAAGUGAAGCUUAUCCCCAAAGCCAAGGCCAGAUCCCAGUUCAACUCACAGGCCCACCUGCAGCCCCAGUAGCUCAGACUGUGAUUGAGGCCCAAGUACCUCCUCAAGUGGCCACCAUCCUGGGACAGACACAACCCAUCCAAACCCAACAAGUUCCUUUACAGACCACUCAUCCGAUCCCUGUUGCUCCCACACAGAGCCAAGUGGCUUCUCAGCCAUUAAUCCAGAGCCAGCCCCUGUGCCCAAUUAAUCAGGCUCAGCCACCACAGGGGCAGAACCCAAAUGUUGACACUCAGAUGGUGGGCCAGCAGAGUCAAGCCCAUGUCCAACCUCCAGCUGUGAUUGCUUCAAUUCCCUGUCAGAUUCAACAUGAAGCGCCAGUUCAACAGAGUGCUCAAAUACAAGGCUUGUUACAGUCCCAGCUCCAGCCACAGAACCAAGUCCAGCCUCAUAGCCAAGUGUGUGCCCAGGCUGCUUCUGGCCUUUUGGCUCCCCAGUAUGUCCCAACACCUCAACCCACCCACCAAAUCAUGCCGUCAGUACAACCUGAUGUCACCCACAUUACCCAGCAGCAGCAACAGCCUCCAAUACUGCAGUAUCAGCAGAUGAUUCUGUCUCCUGGCUCCGUUGGGACUGUUGGACCUAUCACAGCUGCUCCUAGCUCAGUAGCUGACCCAGGAACCUUCACCCCUGCCUCUCAUCCUAUGCAGCAGACCAGACAAGCCUAUGUUCAGGGCCAAACAACGCUACAGACAGUUGUCCAGGCCCAGCAGCAGCCCACAGGAAGCACAGCGGCACCUUCGGUCAUUCAGUCAAGCUCCCAGCCUCCUGUGCCUCAGCCUGUUGAGCAAUACCAGCAACAGCUGCAGCAGCUUUCACAAGUGCAACAAGUAAUAGCACCACCUCCACAGCAACAGCCACCUCUACAGACCCCGCUACCAGCACAGACCGCCCCAGCUACCAUUCAGAAACCACAUCUUAUCCAGCAGACUUUGAUACCCCUUGAUGACAGUCAGCUACCCCCUCAAUGUCAGAUUGCUCCACAUCUGGUGCCCCAACCUUCUGCACAGAUAGUCCCCAGUAAUGUGGUCCAGUCUCAGACGCAGCCCAAAGUCCUGCCCCUCUAUAGUCAGGUAGUGGCAGGCCCACCUCCAUCCCCUCAGCACCACACCAAGCAGAUGCUGCCAGCUCACACACACACACAGACCAAUGUCCAGGCCCAAACACACACCCAGACACAGACACAUGCUCAGACACAGGCUCACUCUCACACUCAGACACACACUGAGACACCUGUAACUGAACAGCCUGUGCUGCCCCAUGCUGUCUUUCCUGCCCAACAAAUGCCCCCUAGCCCCUCUCAUACCUCCUGCCCCCCAGCAUCACUAGCAUCUCUUUCAUCCCUACAAUCCUUCCAUCCUGCUGCUGGCCCUGCUCCAGAGCUGCCCACAUCCCCACCAGAGGCUCAGAUAACCUUACCAGGGCAGGCUGACUCUGUACCCACCUCCCCUCCUCCUGUCACCACUCUACAGUCGCUUGAAUCUAAUGCCCCCUUGCUGCCCCAAACCUCGCUGCAAGACUGUGAGCCUCCCCUGCUGGGUAUUGCUCAGGACAGUUCAAAUCUGUUCAGCGCAGAACGUCAUUCUUCGUCAGGGUCUGCUCCAGCCAAUGGAGAAGAUGCUCUGCAGCUCUUGGCCAAUGGGAAACUCGAGAAACUGAAGUCUCAGAGGAGACCAUCCUGUCAGAGGCCUGAGAAAGCUUCACACCAGUUUCAACUGAGCAUGCUCCAGGUUUCCAGCAGUGGGGACAAUAUGGUAGAAUGCCAGCUGGAGACCCAUAGCAACAAGAUGGUGACAUUCAAGUUUGACAUUGAGGGGGAUGCACCUGAGGACAUUGCAGAUUACAUGGUGGAGGAGGACUUUGUCCUUGAGUUGGAAAAAGAGAAAUUUGUUGAGGAGUUGAGAGCCAUUGUAAAGAAAGCCCAAGAAAUUCUUCAAACACAUUCACAGACUGGAUCUAUUGACCAGUUACAUGUGAGCACUCCAACUGGCUCUGCAAUGGACUCAGUGCCCCAGUCCUCUCCAGUUGGUCGUUGGCGUUUCUUCAUUAACCAGACCAUCCGCCACAGAGAUUCUCAGUCCAACCAGGGAGCUGCCACACCACCACCCAUUGGCGAAACAAGGGUACCUCAGUCCCCUAAAACAGACAAAGAAGGUGAGGGAUUCCAGAGAUCAGAGUCCUUGACUGGAAUGGCCUCUCCUUCCUGCCCUACCUUAUCUGCCACCUCUCCUCCUGUCUCCACUGUCUCAGCCCCGGCCUCUAUGUCCCCCCCGGUCACUGCUGCCCCUGCUCCUGACACCACUGCCUCUGACAGUGUCUCUGCACCAGCUUCCACUCUUAUAGCCUCUGUCCCUGCUGCUGUCUCUGCUGGACUUGAACUGCCAGCCCUCAUCUCAGCUUCUGUUGACCAAAUCCCAAGUGUCCCUUCAUCCAUGACCACUCUAGCAACUGCUGCAGUAAACCUUCCCACCCUGGCCACUGCCCUUACUGCUGUGUCUCCCAUCACUACUGUCGGUCUGUCUGAUGUCCUCACAUCUCCCGGGACUAGUGGUAGCUCUAAUGUAGGUCAAAGCAUAGGGGAUGCAGGUCUAACUGCUCUUGGACAGUGUGUGGCAGCAGGGGAACACUCUUCCACCUCUGUUCAUUCCCCUCCUCCUGCUGCUACAGUGACCUCUCCCUUGGUCAGCCAUGUUGGCCUGGAGCAGCAACAGACACUGGCGCAGAUGGCCAGACAAGCUCCAUCACAACCACAGGCACAGUUACACCCAACAUUACAGCAGCAGGUUCCACCAACUCAACAUCAACUACAGACAGCGAAGCUGGAACAAGUACCACUGGCACAACAAAUUCAGCAGGUGCCACCACCCCAAGAACCACAACCGCAGCAGCAAGUGUUCCAAGAACAAAUUCAGCUGCAGCAGGAGCAAGCACUGCAGCAAUCCCUCCAGCAGUUACAACAACAGCAACUAAUUCAGCAACAAAUACCACUUCAACAACAGCCAACUGAGGUGCAGAUGUUGCCUCACUCAGGUCAAACAGAGUUGCUACAGCAAUCUGUGCCUCUCCAACAGUCUCUGCCACCAGCAGAAGUGCUGUCAGUGCCCCUGCAGCAGACCCAACAAAUGCCUGUCCAACAGCAAGCACCACAAUAUAAUCCUCAGUUAUUGCAACAGCCUCAACUACAACAGUUACAGCAACAAGCUGUGGUACCACAAGCGGCUGGAGUGCCUCAGCAGCAGGCCCAUAUUGACCAGCAACAGCAGAAACAGUUAGGGCUGCAACAGACAAUACACUUACAGCAACAGCAAAUACUACAACAGCAGCAACAGUUGUUUAUGAGUGCUGCGGCUUUAAAGCCAGAUAAAACUCAAAUGCUCCCCCUGUCAAUCAGUCAACAAUUUGUUCCACAGCAGGCAUCACUAAACCUUAGCCUUGCCCCACAGCAACAGAUUCAACAACAACAAACUCAAAUCUCAUUAGAGCAGACCCAACAACGUAUACAGUCACAGCAAUUGCUUCAACAAAUUCAGCAUCAACAGGAGGUGGUUAAAACCAUGGAGACACCUCAGAAACAGCAACAAAUUCCACUGCAGAAACAGUCCUCGUUCCAGCAGUCAGAGUCAGAACUGUCUACAGGAGAGGCCAGUGUCACAGAGGACACCGGCAGCCACUCUGCCCCACUGCACCCUUCCUCUGACUCCUCCCUGCCCCCUCUCCCCCUGGGUGCCCCUGAAACCUCCUUACCCCCUCUCACCCUUACAAUGACACCAUCCCCUGCUCAGCCUUCCUCAGUAGCCGAGUCAGACAGUGAGGGGCCCCCCAAAAUUGAAUUUGUAGACAAUCGUAUGAAGACGCUGGAUGAGAAGCUGAGGAACCUGUUGUAUCAGGAGUACAGCAGUGGAGCAGUGCUGGCUGGGGGUGCUGCUGCAACCUCCACUGCAGCCCCUGCCACAGCAUCAGCAGCCUCCACGUCGGCAGGAGGGGACGAGUCAUCUGAGCCACACUCGCUCCACCCCUUGUCUUUCCCACCACCUGCCUCCUCCUCAGACACCUCCCCACACUCCUCAUCCUCCACUACUUCCUCUACCACCUCCCGUUCCUCCUCCACCUCCCCUGACCUUGAGGGGGAUAGAGGAGGAGAAGAGGCUUUCUCAGAGGUGCCUGCCUCUGCUGAAUUGGGCCCAGUGGAGCAGCAGCCUGCUCCGUCUCUCCCUUCUACCUCCACCUCCUCCAUCCCCCCGAACUCCCUCUUGCCUCCCAAUCAGGAUGACUCUGUUGUGCCCCACCACCCACCAGUGCCAGGAGAACCAACUAUUCUUGCUGUUCCCCCACACUCUGACACCAGUACCGCAGGUGAUGCAUCGUGGCCCCCCAAUCAGCUCCCGAUCCCCCUCCGGCACGGACAGCAGCAGCACAAUGCAGGAGGUGGAUAUUUUGGCCUAAACCUGACAUGUCCUAGUAUCAGAAAUCCUGUUAGCAAGAAAUCCUGGACUCGCAAAUUCAAAAACUGGGCGUGCAAACUGCGCCACUCCGCCAGCUUGUUCAAGAAGCCCAGAGUCCAGCAAGAUGGUCACUCCAGCAAUCAGGCUGUGAGAGAGGAGAAGGAGGCUGCCCCCUUAAAUCCACCUCAGUCACGCAAAGGACGAUUUCAGGUUACUCCAGUGCCUCAGCUUCCUGACUCCUCUCCUCCCAAAGGGGCACCCUCAGGUGAGGGAAGUGGUCACAGGAAAGUGGGGCGCUUUUCUGUGACCCAGGCUGAAACUAGGAAAGAGGAUAGGCUGACUGACAGUUCCCCAGUGUCUCCUGAUUUGGAGAGGGAGAGGAGGAGAACUCGAGGGAAGGAAGGAGAGAAAGAUGAGGGCAAGAGGACCCCAGCAUUGUCCCAUCCAUCCCGAGGCCAUGGGCACAGUCACUCACCCCUGGGCAGCAGUGAUGAUGAUGAAAGCGAGCUCGAAGAUGAAGACCUUAGGAGAGAACUUCACAAACUCCGAGAGAAGCAUAUCAAAGAGGUGGUUUCUCUUCAGGCCCAGCAGAACAGAGAGCUACAGGAACUAUACAGACAGCUACGUUCCCUCAAAGACCACAGGCAGACUCUGCCUCUCCCACUCCCACGAACUCCUCCUCUUCCCACAGCACCUCCAGCCCUCUCCCCUCGGAGGCCCCGCCCCGCCAAAGUCAAGCUUCGGCCCCGGCCUCACUCUCACAUGGACAACAACGGAGUUGCACAUCCUGGGAUUCAGCAGUCCAGUAGUUUUUCAGGGGGUGAACAGAGUAGACUGCCUUUGUACUGCAACCCAGAGCACUGCACCUCCCUGUCCACUAGAAGAGAUCACAGUCCUCCCAGAAAGAGCACAUUCACAGAUGAAUUACACAAACUGGUUGAUGACUGGACUAAGGAGACAGUGGGCCCUGCUCCUCCCAAGCCCUCACUUAAUCAGAUCAAGCAGAUUCAGCAGGUGCAAGAUUUGGGAGGCUGGAGCCAGCCAGCUGAGGUGGCUCCACCUGGUUGGUUUCCGGUGGCCCCAAUGAAUCCCCAGACAUCCCCCACUCCUGCCAGCCUGCCUGUGGCAGCCCAGUCUCAUUACACAUCAGGGGGGAGCUUGACCACCCUGCGCUCUCCGGGACCACCACCACAAACACAUAUAGGUCAAGUCCCACAGCUGCAGCAAAGUUUACACCUCCAUCAGUCUCUCCCUCUCCAGCAGAUGUCUUAUCAGCAGUCCCCACUUCGGCAGCAGAUACCACAGCCCCGGAUGCAAACUCCCUUGCUUUCUCAGUCGCAGCCCAUACAGCCACAGACACAGCCCAUCACGCAGCUGCCUCACUCACCACCUCAGAGCCAACCUCUGUUGCCUUCCCAAAUGCCCACAUCACCAAUACCCUUGACUGGGUCUCUGCUGCCUGGCACUGGCACCAUGGCGCCUACAGAUAGUGGCGCUACCACUGGGGGGACAUUUUGCUCCUGUUCCUCCUCCUCCUCCUCCUCCUCCUCUUCCUCCUCCUGCUCUACUGCUGCUCUGCCUUCCAGUGCCAAACUUCACCCAACACCCCCCACCUCCACUCUUCCUCUGGGACAGCAAUGAAACCAAGGCGAAGAGUGAGGCUGAUAAGAAGGAGUGAUGGAAAAAACAAGUUGGAGCAAGAUGUAAAGCAAAUCAAUAUGGAAUAUUGGUUGUGUGUAUGCAAAAGAGGUGUGACCACAGUGAGCAUAUGGAUUUCAGUGUGUUUGUGGAUAAGAUGGGGAGUGAAUGUGAGAAAUGGUAGAUUCUAGUAUGUACAGACAGAGGGUAAUAUGGAACACAGGGACAAGGGGUUAUGAAAAACAGUAUGUUUGGGUGUUGAGAUGUACAAAUUCUGUAAUGUGUGAGUGCGUGCAUUUAUGAGUGUGUGUGUUUGUGCUUUCAUGCAUUUGUCCAAGUAUAUGUCCGUUAUGUGUUUUGACACAAAUUAUCAGUCAUGUUUUUGUUUUAAUCCAACUCAGUUGGACUUGAACUCUUGCUAAGCAAAGACAUGAAGGAGACACAAAACUUUUUGACAGAAUAUUGACAUUUUGUUUCAUUUGUCAGUGCUUACAGUGAAAGGACUAUCAAUUUUAAAAGUGCAAUUAGUAAUUGUCAUCGAAACUGAUCAGCAUUUGUUGUAGUGAUUUGUCUGUAAGGCAUAAAGUAUUUUUGUAGAAGCACGUUGACAAAAAACAGACUCAUAGAAUUAGCAGACCUUUAAAAGUAUAGGCCUAUAGCACAAAGUGUUUCAAUGGGCAGUGAACCAUAACACAAUUAAAACAACAGCAUGUAACACAGUAGAGCAUGGUUAAAUUAUUUGGCUAUCAUCACUACCACAAUGCCACCAAUAACACUGUUAUGCAGUGUAGUGCACAGGCACAGCAUGUACUUAUUUUAUAUUAUUUUACAUGAAGUAGUAGUGGUAAAAUAGAAAUUAUUUGAAUUAACCUGAGUCACAUUAUAUAAAUUGAGAUUAGUUAUUUUUUGCAAUGUGCUGGUAAAUUGAAAUAUGUCAUCAAUGUUCAGUGGACUCUUGUCUUGAAGUUAACUGAAUAUUCACGUGACCCAAGACUGCAUGACUCUGGCUACACUGACUUGCCUGAAAGUGAAAUCUGCACACACUUUUAUUUAUGAAUCUCACCUCUGCUGUGUGCAGCCAGCUGAGGUAAUUCAUGAGUCAUAAGUAAAUUGGUUUUCAGUAUGGUAGGCUUUUAAGUAUUUUUGCUUUCAGUUACAACACUGCAUAGCAAGGUGUCAUACUGAGGAGGAAGAUGAAAAGAAAAACUGCCAAUUUGUCAUGAAAUGGGGAGACCAUAUUCCCAUUUUGCCUUUUAGAAUUACUGCAUUUUUUGUGUGUGAGAGAGUGUAUUUUUUGUGUGUGACAAAGCUUUGUAAUACUGCUGCACUGCAUCAUAAAUUGCAUCCCUGUUGCUUUCAUUCAAAGCGGCCUCUCACAUUAAAUGUCACUGUACCCAAUUUAAAAUGUUUACUCUGAGCCCAUUUUUUGGGCUUGUCUCCUAAAAGAAGAAGAAGAAACAGAAGAAGAAGAAGAAGAAAAAAAAAUAACAAGGGAGUGCUUGGAUCUAUACAGGUCUUAAGUUUGUUGUCAAACACUUGUGAAAUCAUCACUUGGCUAUUUGUCAAGUUUGUUUGGCAUUGUACUGAUUCUUCUUUUCAAACUAUUUUGUCUUUGAUCAUAGGCUGUUAAAGUGUGAAUGAUUCUUUUAUAAGCUCAACUGUGGACUGUAAAUGUGCUUUAUGCACAGUGCAAAAGGUUUACUUAAUUGAAAAAUAAUCCAUUCCUCUAUUUCUGAAUCCACUUAAAUAAUAGAUGCAGGGAUACAAAGAGAUACAUAUACAGAUGUUUUAUUGGGUUAUCAGUGCACUUAGCCAUACACACAUUUGACCAUUAAUGGUCAGGCAUUGAUACAUUUUUGAAACCUUACUUGGUACAAUAAGUAGUCUGUAGUCAAAGCAGCAUUUCUGUUUUAUUGAAAUUUAUGAAUUGAGAGAUUUUGUGCCACAGCAAAGAGGAGAUUGUACAGGUUGUGAAAAACUGCUAAAUGUGAGUCAAAGACACACUUAAAAUAUGAAAAGUUCGGGGGGAACAGUUUGUGCUAAAGGGUAUGGUUGUUCAGAAGGAAAUUUUUUUGCAUAAUCUAUUGCAUAAUCUAGAAUUUAACAUGGUUUUCAGUAUUUAUGUUGUUUUUCCAGACAACCCACAUUUUCACAGAGAUGUAGUUCAUUUUAGUGAAGGUGAGUUACUGUGCUGUCAUGUCCAAUACUAACAUGUUGACCACAUGCCACAGCUUAAUGAUCAUGAGUCAUGAUAGGAAAUGUGGAGCUGGCCCUGUCCUUGAAGUGUUACCAAAAUGUUAUCUAAAAGAAAAAAAGAUUAUUUUUGUAUUUUGAAAUGGGGGUUGUACAAAUUGUAAAAUUGUGUUCUCAUCAUUAUAAAUCGGAGGUUAUUUGAAACUAGAAAACAUUGAUUCUCAACCCUGUUAACAUGGGACUCCCCUUCUUCCAUGUGGGCAUACCUAUCUGGAUGAAUUUGGGCAGGGGUGAUUUUUAGGUGUAUAUUGAGACAUUUUGGUCUAUUAAGAAAUGUUAAUUAAUUGUUUCAACAUGAUACUUGAUAGAAAAAUUCAAAAGAAAAAUGCUUAAAUGAAUACAUACAUAAAUAAAUGAAUAAAUAAAUAAAUAAACAAAUGGGGAGUCUCAAAAUGACAUGACUGAGAACCAAUGAUAAAAGGAUAUUUAAGCAGAGAAACCUAGAAAAUUAAAAAUAUGUUGCUGGUGAUUUAGCCUUUGUAAAUUGUAACUAAUUCAACUGUUGAUUUUAUUUAUGUUUUGUAACUAAUCGAAAUAAAUGAUGGAGUUAAACAUCAAA